AUGCAGCGACCCGACGCACCUCUCCAUCGCCUCCCUCUCCCUCCCGAGCUCGCUCUCGAAAUCUUUGACACCUACACCGCCAUCACCCUCCCCGGCACACCCGAGUUCCUCACGCUCCUCACGCUUUCCCGAUAUCACUAUGCCCUCAACAUUCGCAGACUUUACUGGGACGUCAAACUCAAGGAGAGCAUGGCAGAUCGGUUUGUGGAUAUGUGGAGGAGAUGGGCUUUCCAUGGGGUGCGGCUCGUCUUGGCUGCUCAAAGGCGCAGCAUGGGGAACUUGGAUGAGGACGAGAUUCUCAAAAACCUCCUUUGCCCCAUCAAAUGCAAUUCAACAGACUUCAACAUUAACACCCUCACAUUUGAGAACGCCAUCUGCUUCGCCAAGAUCUCAGAGCUCUUCAAAAACCCCGGGCCUGACUCCUGGUACACGUGGGAUCGCCAUCCUUCCUUGCCUUAUUCUCUCCGGCUCUUAGCCGAAGCCAAGACAGUUGUGUUUGAAGAGCAGACGCUUGGAGGAGGGGAAGUGAAGGUGGGCGUGAGGUAUGGGCCGAGUAAUGGGUAUAACCGUUAUGGGGCGGAGAGGCUGGUGAUCGUCAUGCCGUCGAGGCCUUUUCAUUGUAUCUCACCUCUGGCACUGAACUGGCUCGCGGAGCUUGGCGAGAGGCUGCUGCGAGAUGUAAAGCAUGUAACGUUGGAGUAUAAGACAGCGGUGGUAGGGGAGGGAGCUACACUUUUCAAGAAGAGGAAGCAUAGGAUGGAGCAGAUUGAUCAGGUGGAGAGCAAGAUCAAGAGCUGGGAUGACCCGUCACUUCAAAUUACUGUCGUUGAGCCUAGCGAGUCAUGA